AUGGCUGCUGUACACCGCUGCCUCUCCCUGCUGCUCCUGUCCACCUGUGUGGCUCUGUUGCUGCGGCCGCUGCUGGGUGCCUGGGGAGCGCCACUGGAGCCAGUGUACCCCGGGGACAAUGCUACGCCAGAGCAGAUGGCCCAGUAUGCAGCUGAGCUCCGCAGAUAUAUCAACAUGCUGACCAGGCCUAGGUAUGGGAAAAGAGAUAAGGAGGACACUCUGGACUUCUUGGAAUGGGACUCCCCCCACGCAGCAGCCUCCAGGGAGCUGAGCCCGAUGGACUUGUAAUGCCACCUCCUGCCUUCUACAGUUCCAGGGCAGUGCCGACCCAGCUCUCCUCUGCACCCAUGGCUCUGGCCACAGAUUGCUCCCUGCUCCUACAUAGGCUCAAUAAAGCAAGUCAAUGUCA